AAUUAAAUUUUUGCAUUCAUGAAUGGUUAUUAUUACAUGUCAUUGAAUGCGACAAGUAAUCGGGUGAGCUUUCAUGGUAAAAGGUUUCAAUUGUUAGAAUAGGUGAACCUCCACCAGAAGCAAAAAAUAAAAAAAAGCAAUUUAAAAUGUCACUCAAUCUAGCCCUUCUUUUGGGCUUCCUAUCAGCCACAGCAAUCUGCACGCCAGUAGAUGAUUAUGUGGAAAGUUUUAUCAAGGGCAUCGGAGAAAUGGAAAAAAUUGCAGAAACCUACAAAUACGAACAAGAAAACUUUAUUCCCGAACACUACAAUGUCACAGAUCAUAAGGAGUACGACUUUAUUAUCGUGGGUUCAGGACCCUCAGGAUCAGCCUUAGCUAACAGACUAUCAGAAGUCCCAGAAUGGAAGAUUCUAUUGUUGGAAGCAGGUUAUGUGGAGUCGCCCAUAUCCCAAGUUCCCGCUAUGUCAAAAUAUUUACAAACUACGCCUUACGAUUGGAGCUACACUACCACCGAACAAAAGAAGGCUUGUUUAGGAAUGGAAGAUCACAAAUGCUCUCUGAAAAAAGGUAAAUGUCUAGGAGGAACUACAUCCGUCGAUGAAAUGUUAUACACCAGAGGAAAUCAAAAAGAUUAUGACAAGUGGGCAGACCUUGAUCUGAAAGGAUGGUGCUGGGACGACAUGUUUCCUUAUUUCAAAAAAAUCGAAGACGCGCAUAUUCCAGAAUUAGAUAGAAAAGUCCAUAAUUUAGGUGGACACGUUCAUUUAGAACACUUCAGACACUCAACCCCACUAGGCAAACAUAUCCUUGAAGGAGGCCAUGAAUUGGGCAUCAAAACAGUUGACUACAACGGCAAGGACCAACUAGGAUUAGCCCUUCCUCAAGCGACUACAAAAGACGGUCGAAGAAAUAGCGUGGCUCAAUCCUAUUUAGGACACGCCAUCAAGAGACACAAUCUCGAAAUCCGAUCUGCUUCUAGAGUCAUCCAGGUUUUGAUCAGUCCUCAUACCAAAGAAGCAAACGGUGUUAAGUUUGUACAGGAUGGACAUUUGUAUGUUGCUAAGGCCAACAAGGAGGUUAUAUUGGCUGCUGGAGCUGUGAAUACGCCCCAAAUUAUGAUGCUCUCAGGUAUUGGACCCAAAGAAGACCUCGAAGCACUAAAAAUUGAACCCGUGUGCAAUCUAAAAGUAGGACAUAACCUAAAAGAUCAGGUUAGCUUUAUUGGAUUAAACUUCGUCUUUAACGAAACAUCUAAACAUCCAGAAAAACGGGAAAUGGUUGAAGAAUUACUGAAACAUGGUUCAGGACCUUUAACUACUCCAGGAAUUGAAGCCGUUGGAUUCAUAAAGACAGAAGUUUCCAAAGAUAAAUUGGAAUAUCCUGAUAUUGAAUUCUUGGUUAGGAAAGACCUUCAUCACACAGAUCAACAAACCCAAAAAGCCCUCCGCAUCAAAAAAGAAAUCCAUGAAGCAAUGUCCACAAAAGAUCAUGACAACUUUAACAUCGAAGUAACUCUGCUCCAUCCCAAAUCGACUGGUCAACUAAAACUCCAUGAUACCGAUCCUCUUCACCAUCCUUUGAUCAAUACCAACUCACUAACUGAUCCAGACGACUCAGAUCUGGAAACCUUGUUGGCUGGUAUUAAGAAAGCUUUGAAAUUGGUCGAUACUCAUUCCGUACAGAAAUUGGGAGUUCAUUUGAAUGCGAAGAAGGUUCCUGGGUGCGACCAACACGACGAUGAUUAUUGGAAAUGUGCCAUACGCCAUCUGUCGGUUAAUAAAGGGCAUAUUACUGGCACAGCUAGGAUGGGUACUGAACACGAUAAGGAAGCGGUUGUCGAUGAACAUCUUCGAGUAUUGGGUGUACAUAAAUUGAGAGUGGCUGAUUCUAGUGUCAUUCCAGUCACCAUUUCUGGGAAUUUGGUGGGACCUUCAAUUGUGAUUGGAGAGAGAGCAGCUCAUUUGAUUAAAGAAGACUGGAAAUAAGUAUUACAUUUGUGUUUCUUUUUUUUUGUAAAUAUUGAUAUUAUUGUAUAAAAGAAUAUUUUUAUAAAUAAAGAUAUUUAAACCGA